AUGGAAAACAAUAAUAAAAAUAUUAAUACAACAAAUAAUAGUACUACUAUUAACACUAAUAAUAACAAUAAUCCAAUAAAUAAAAAUAAUAAUAAUAAUAAUAUAAAUAAUAAUAAUAAUAAUAAUAUUAAUAAUAUAAAUAAUAUAAAUAAUGUAAAUAAUAAUAAUAAUAAUAAUAAUAAUAAUAAUAAUAAUAAUAAUAAUAAUAAUAAUAAUAAUAAUAAUAAUAAUAAUAAUAAUAAUAAUAAUAAUAAUAAUAUAAAUAAUAAUAAUAAUAAUAUAAAUAAUAAUAAUAUAAAUAAAAAAAAUAUAAAUAAUAUAAAUAAAAAUAAAAUAAAUAAUAAUAAUAAUAAUGAAAUUGGUGAAGAAAAAGCAGUAGAAGGAGGAUUUUUGGCAGGUUUAAGUAGGAAUGUAACAAGAAUUAUAGGAUCAUUUUCUAGUGGAAUGGCAGAAGAAUCAGCAGGAUAUCCAUUGGAUUUAAUUAAAACUAGAAUUCAAUUAAGUCAAAGUGGUGUUAGUGGUGGUGGUGGUACAAAUACAAGUAUUAUAAAGAUAUUCAAAGAUGUAAUUAAAACAGAGGGUGUGAUUGGAUUAUUUAAAGGGUUAAGUUCACCUUUAAUUUUAUCAGCCCUUGUGACUGCAAUACAAUUUGGUUUAUUUGAAGAUACUUUAAAAUACUUUAGAAAACAUCAAUACUUUAAAAAUCAUGAUACCCUUAGUCUACUAUUCUCAGGUUCAAUAGCUGGUUUCGCUCAAUCUUUUAUAACAUGUCCUGUAGAUUUAGUUAAAAUUCAAAUGCAAAUUCAAGGUAUACCUUCAUCACAACCUAAUAGUAAUAAUAAUAAUAAUAAUAAUAAAGCAAAAGGUAAUUCAUAUUUUACAAAAUUAAUUUAUAGAGAAAAAGGAUUGUUGGGAUUUUAUCAAGGUUUAUCACCAACUUUAUUUAGGGAUGUACCAGGGUUGGCGAUAUUUUUUACAACUUAUGAAACGUUGAAAAAACAAUUUGGUCAACCUGAAUUAUCAACUCAAUCGCCAACAGAAUUUAUAAAAUCAUUUAUACCAAUUGUAUUGAGUGGUGGUUCUGCUGGUGUAUUUUAUCAUGGUUUGACUCAUCCAUUCGAUAUCGCAAAAACACUAAUACAAUCUGAUAGAUCUGCUACCAAGUAUAAGGGUACAUUUGACUGUUUAAAACAGGUUUAUCAAAAUCAAGGUCCAAAAAGUUUAUUUAAAGGUUUUUCUGCUGUUGCAAUCAAAUCUUUUCAAUCAAAUGCUGUUGGUUUUUUAGUUUAUGAAAUGGUUAUUAAUUUAUAA